ACCACAUAACUAUGGCAACACUGCAAAUACUCGAAAUUAUUUGUUGACAUCUCUGCUUGGUCAAGAACAAAAUACAAAAAAAUGACUAAAAACAAACGGAAAGGUUUAAUUACCCAAAAUUCGGUGUGCUCCCGUAUGAAUUAUCUUUACCAAGCAUCCCAAUUGAUGGCUGAAAGUCAUCACAAUAUUCUGGCAGCAUACUAUGGAAAGCUGUGUAGAAACGUGGGCACAAAGGCCCAGAUUCACAUUGCACCUGCAGUGAAGCGAACCCUAUGCAGACGCUGCUCUCUGCCUCUGAUUCCUGGGGUAAACUCUACUCUGCAAAUGGAGGAACAAAGAAGAGAGCCGAAACGAAAAGUGGAGGAAUCAGAGGAAUCAACAUUAAAAGCAAAAUCGAAGAAACGGCGUCGUUAUCGUCCACGACGUAGAAAAGGUUCCAAACCACCCAUUGAUACAGACCACCAGAAAAUUGUUACAGAUGAUACCUAUGGCUCUCUCCAGCUUCAGUGUCAUUUAUGUCAAAGUCAGCGGCGAUUUGUAAUGGACACGCGGCAGCCAAAAGAAUGUUGGAUAGAACAUGAAGACGCCAUAGAUCACGUGGUAACUCUGGACAAGGAGAAGCAGCCGCAGCAAGAACAAAAGUAACGACGAAACACAGAAAGACUUAUAGAAUAGAUUGAUUUUUGUUCACAUCA